CUCAGAAGCAGGUAGGUGUUCUUGUCCCGUCCACGCUCCUCACCUAAAAACCGUCAUCACUUGCACGUGCGUCCUGUGGGAGGUUCCCCUUACCUCCCUUGUGUUAAACACCCCCUUAAAUUGUAACGUUAUCAUAAACAGUCCAGCGUCGGGGGGUCAUAAUCGCCUCUCUCGGGCUUUACCGAGACUUCUCAUUGGACGUCAACACGCGACCGACGCGAGGAGGGGGGCUUCCAGGCGCGUGCCGCUUUUUAAACCGACGCCGCGCCUUGAGACACCAGAGAAGGAGUCUCGCACGCGACACUCACAUUCACACGGUGAGACAACAUAGCUGUGCGUGCCUCCGAUAACUUUUUUUCUCCACAGUGUUUUUCUUGGGGGGGAAUCAUGGAUGUCCUAACUAUGGAGGGCUGGAGCAAAGGCGCACGUGAGGUGCCGGCCACGCACUCGCGGCAGCAGAGUUGUGGGAGCCCCAGAGAGGUGGAGAGGGGAGGGAAGCAACAGUUCGAGGAGUCCCGCUACGAACCUGGGCUGACGCUCGUGGACAGCGAUAGCGACCCACGCGCCUGGCUGGCUUCCGCUUCUGGCACCUGUGCGGCACACGCCACUUCACCCGACUACCUGCGGCACUCGCCAUGUCCGAGUACCGGCUCCUACCACGAGAGUGGCUCCCCGGGGUCCUCAGGCCAUCCCAGCCCACAGGGCUACAGAAAACCUGCCAAGAGCCUCACGUCUUCUUCUCUCAAAGUCAGGGAGUUGUGUCGCCUUAAAGGCACCCUCACCGGGCCCGAAGAGGAGGCCUCCGUGAGACAGAGAGCCCCCUCCCACAAGCCUGUCAACGGGAUUCAAAGGCAAAGGAGAGUGGCCGCCAACGCGCGUGAGAGAAGGCGAAUGCACGGGCUCAACCAUGCGUUUGAUGAGCUGCGCAGCGUCAUCCCAGCGUUUGACAACGACAAGAAGCUCUCGAAGUAUGAAACUCUGCAGAUGGCGCAGAUUUACAUCAACGCCCUCGCCGAGCUUCUCCAAGGUCCGGUGUCCUCCUCCUCCUCCUCUUCCUCCAGCAGCAGCAGCAGUAAUAACGACAUCUCCAACAACAUCAGCUCGCCAAAGUGUGACAUUAUGCUCUCAUCCACCGCUGGUUAUGACGGGAUGAAGGACAGGGCCUCUCAGUCUCCCUCAACCUGCAGAGCAGCGGACCCUGCGCCCGUUUCAGGUAGCAGCUUACCUGUGCACAUCAGCGGGGUGCCCUUCUGUUCCUCCUUCGACGAAAGUUCGUUUUCCACUAGAGUUGAAGAAGCGAUGUGUUCCCCGUCUCCUUCGCCAUCUGCUCGGGCGGGCAGUUCUCAGUUUGCAAAUGGGAGGAAAGCGUCUCCCCGGAGCGACGGAGAGUUUUCCCCGCACUCCCACUUCAGUGACUCGGAUGAAAUAGCGAUGGAGCUUCAUUCGAGUGAAGAAGACGAUCUUUCAGAACUGAAGCUGCCCUCACACCAUCACCGCACAAUUUCCUUCUAAAUUCCCACAUAAAGACACAGUAUAGCGAAGUUUUUCUAUAGCCUACAGUGAAGUAAUGUCCACACAACGUGUCAAUCAUAGCGAUAGUCCUGCGUUGACGAAAUGCGUUUUUAAGAGAAAUUCUUGCUUUUUGCAAAUAAAAGAAAAAGAAGUUUAAUGUUUAAUUUAACUUGUUGCAUCGUUUAAAGAUCUUUUUUUAAAAUGUGAGUAAGGCCUAAUUCGAUUCUGCCAAUAAAUAUCUAUCCUAUAAUUUUUCAGUCUCCAUGGAGACGUGGUUGGAAGACCCCUCUGCCAUGUCGCGCGCAGCACUGCCACGGGUAUUUCCCACGUCCCUCCAACCAAAUAGUUGUCUUCCACAAAAAAUCACAAGUUUAUGGAUAAUUGCUUAUAUUUGAUAAUGUAAAGACGUUUUUGUAGCUAUGA